AAAGAAAAAAAGUUAAACUAAAAAUGGCUUCCUUGUCUUCAGAACAAAACGAGAUUUGUAAGGAACACCAGACAGAGGAGUCAGCAAAAGCUAAAAUAAAGGAGGAGACAGAUCCUGACGAGGUUUCGGAGGAACUGCUUCAAAGUUUCCGUAAAUCGGAGCUUAGCUUUUCAAGUGACCAAGUGGCAUGUGUAUGCGAGGCACUUUUGCAGGCGGGUAAUGUGGAUCGCCUGUGGAGAUUCCUCUCCACCAUCCCUCCUUCGGCUGACCUGCUACGUGGCAAUGAAACUUUACUGAAGGCCCAGGCACUGGUCGCUUUCCAUCGGGAAGAGUUCAAACAAUUAUACGCAAUACUAGAAAGCCACGAUUUCCACCCCAGCAACCAUGGGUUCCUGCAGGACCUUUACUUACAGGCACGGUACAAGGAGGCAGAGAGGUCCAGAGGUCGGAGCCUGGGUGCUGUGGACAAGUAUCGUCUUAGGAAAAAGUUUCCUUUGCCAAAAACUAUUUGGGACGGAGAGGAGACUGUAUAUUGCUUCAAGGAAAAGUCGCGCAAUGCCCUCAAAGAUUGCUACAAGAUCAACAGGUAUCCUACUCCAGACGAAAAGAAGAAUUUAGCUAAAGCCACCGGACUUUCCUUGACUCAAGUUAGUAAUUGGUUCAAGAACCGACGGCAGAGAGACCGAACACCCUCUGGUACCAACAGCAAAAGUGAAUCUGAUGGCAACCACAGUACUGAAGAUGAAGCCAGCAAAGGAGAUUUGGAGGAUAUCUCAGAUAAACAUAUCAAUGACGACUCUAUUAUGUGUUCCACUGGCUCUCUUAUAUCCAUCUCUGGUACUACCUGCAGCACUGGUGGUCAGCUCAUUCUCAACAGCACAGGAGGGUUCCUCACCUCCCCUCAUCCUCUGCUUCUCAACGGCAGCUCGCUGCUCUCAGGCACAGGGUCAAGUGUCAUCAUCAAUGGUUUAACCUUAAAUGACGGCCAUACGGUGACUCUCAGUCCAGUCACUACCAACCCAUCUUUGCUACUGAACGGAGCACAGGUCAUACCCAAAGCAGUGGGAAUCAAUGACCUCAGCUUGGAGGUCCCGUCUGUCAGCGAAAUGGAAACACAUGCUACUCUCUCCUCCGUGGUCCUAAACACCCACACCAGCCCAAAUGGAACCAUCACCCUCCCAUUGACAGAGGAGGGGAAAGGGCCAGCUCUGGACUUCAUCAACUCCAUCAGUGUCGCAGAGGGUCUGGUGCUAAAGGCAGAUGAUGCGGUGCACACAGUGUCACUGACGUCUGUACCCUCAUCCACCACUUCCUCAUCCAUUAUCUCAUCCUCUACUCCCCUCUCGCCUCUAGCUGUGAAUCAGAGCGGCCGAACCUCAGAGACCUUAAGCUCCUCACCAAAUGUCACCCCGUCAGGAGUGGUCAUCUCUAAUCCCAUGGUGCCUUUGACUUCCCAGCAGCCAGAGAUAUUAUUGUUUGCCACUGCUGGCUCCCAGCUGAGUCCCUCUAAUUCUAUCUGCCAGGUGGUCUCAUCAUCCUCUUCCUCCAUGCCGCAAGUUUUCUCCCUCCCCCAGGUGGUGCCUUCUAUUCAGGGCAUCCCUGUCUCUCAGCUGGUCCAGCACCCUUCGGGAGCCCAAGUAUCUGCCUGCCCCCAACUAGUCCCUGUGUCCUCCAUCACUAAUCAGAUGUCACAGGUUUCUGUCCCUUCUUUACAGGGUCAGAUGCUUCACAUAGCUCCACGCCUCGCCCAGGUCCCACAGUGUAGUACGUCCGCCACUCUUAGCAAUGGUAACAUUUUUUCUGUUUCCCAGGUGACCAGCAGUCAGGUUCCUCAGGGCUUAACCCUCCAGCUUAGUGAUCAGGCAUCCCAGAAUGCUCUCUCUCAGGCUCAGCGGCCAGCACAACAUGUCUUUCCCAUUUCCUCCCCAACACAGGUUGUCCCUGUCUCUCAGUCUAAAGAAAUAGGCCUAGCCCAGUUAGUCCCCAUGUCUCUGCCCCAGCUUGUCCCUGUGUCUUCUAUCUCUGCAGCGUCCAACGGAUCCCUAUCAUUUCCCCAAGUGGUACAAGCUAGCCCCUCCCUAUCAAUACCAUCACCUGGAGGUGCUUUUCAGAUCUUCAGUUCCAACCCGAGUGCAGGUGUUGGGGUCACUCAGGCACCACUGCGGGUUAACCAGCUUGGAUCCCUCCAAAGCGUUUGUCCCACAGGCACCUCCUCUCCAGGGGUUCAGAUCCUCAAUUCAGGGAUUAUUCAAAUCCCCUCCAGUUCCCCAGGUGCCGGUAACUUUGUUCUGACGGGAGGCAUGGGGGGUAGCCCCAUUCUUAGCCUCCAACAAGGCAAACUCAUUCUUACCAUUCCAGCUGGCAUCCAGUUCACCAGUGUACCUGUCAAGUCUGUCCCAGAUAACCCCUUCCCAAGCAUGGGAAGUUCUGACCAGACCCCAGUCAUUCUUACAGCAGAGAAUCCACCCGUCACCUCAGCAGCAGUGCCAGCUUCUCCCUCCCUGCAGUGUUUCCCAUUGGGCUACACCAACUCUGCACUGUACUGUAGCCCUGAGCCUGGAGCACUAGCCAACCCGACCCCAGUAGCUUCCCCCAAUACACCAGACUGUUCAAGCACUCAGACACCCUCCACGGUGCUGCCAUCCCAGCACACCUUGAGCCCAGAGAGCAUGCUGACACUCAGCCCGAUAUGUAGCUUGGCUGGUUCGGCCUCACAGCUUCCCCAGACCACAUGGAGCCCUGCCUCCCUGUCCUCCUCUGCCACCCUUUCUCUGUUUGAUGUGCGGGGGAAGGGAGAUCUACCAGAGGACCCCACUUUGCUGGGCCUACCAGCUGGUGAUGGGCUGCUGCUUGGGACUCCCCCGCGUGGUGGAGAUGUAGACAGAGAAUCUCAGUUGGAUGAUGCAGAGGAAAUGGAUGGGGAUUCGAAAAUUCUCACACAACUCCAGUCUGUUCCAGUAGAUGAUGACUUGGGUUUAUAGAUCAUCACUGCGAAGACUUUUGGAGACACAUACUGGAGGAGUGUGAGGAAGUUGCAAUUACAAUCUGUGUUCAUAGAGGAGUUUUUGGUCUAGUGACUUGCCUUUACUCUGUCUCUCUCUCUAUCUCUCCCUCCCUCUCUCGCUCUCUCUCUCUCUCCCCCUGCCUCCCCCCCUUCCUCUCCCUCACACAGUGAAAGUGAGAGAGGAAGAAUGAGGUUAUGGUGAGCAUAAACCUUAUAUUCAUUUUAAUCGAGACACUUUUUUUUUUACAUUUCUUUAUUACUGUACUGUCAGGAGAAAAAGUGGCUAUUGUAGGUGCUAAAUACAGCCAAUAGGCAAUCGUUGCUCAACCAGAAAACAUGAGCGGUUAGUUAGUUUGCUGUUGUGUUGUGAACCUCAUAUCUUGUCAUAAGUAAGGGGUUAGAUUGCCCCACUAUGCUAUGUAACUUUUCAGAAUUUUUUUUUUUUUUAAAUGAACAAUAUUUUUAUUUAGUUUUAUUCAUUUUAGCUACACUAAAAUGCCAUCCAGUUAUGCAGUGAUCUGUUACCAAGUAAAAACAAUGCUGAAAUUGACAAAUAGUUGCUUUAGUGAAACUGAUUGUUAUGAUACAUUUGAGUGGAUUCAGUAACUUAUAAAGACACACUAUGUAAAAACUCAGUAACAGAUGUACUGAAGUUGAACUUACUGAUAAGCCACCCAAGCAAGCAGCAAGCAGUAAGCACUAAGAGGCAAUACAGAUUUUCAGGAAAUGUAUGGAUGAAUAAUAAUACGGUCAUAUAUUGUCCAUUAUCGGUCACAUCUUCUUGGUCAGCCUGUAGACAGUACAUUGUGUAUUUCGAACACUUUAAAAGCUUUUAUUCUAUGCAAUAACUGGGUUGUAGUCACAGGGACCUGGAUUUCAAUCAUGGUGGCGUUAUGUGGCGUUUUAUAGAGGGUUAUAUCUGAGAGGUGACUAGAUAGCAGAAUUAUGAACAAUUUAUUAUCAAUUCAAUGCGGUAGUAAUGAUAUGGCACUUUUCCUGGAAUUCAAGGUAUUUCUUUGUAGUACAGGUCUCAAUGAUGGAGAACAAAGCAACUGUCACCACUGCAUUGAAUGCAUUGCCGUACAUAAGCUAUUGCAUGCUGCAAUCUAUGCAACUACGCUAGGAGAAGGGCAUCAUUUUCUACAAUUUAAAUCAUACAGAAAAGAUGAACUGAUAACUAUUACACGUACACUACAAAACAUACAGGUAAUACAGCUGCAUUUAAAUCCAAGUUGUUCUCUCCAUCAUUUCAAAGACCUCUUGAAACUCAUUACAAUACAGUGCUUUGCUGUGUGUGUUGAGACUACUUUGUCUCAAAGUAUGUUAUUUGAAUUUCUCAAAUAUACAAUUGUAGUCAAAUGUACAUGUAUUAGUUACUCCCAUGCCUUAAAUAAUGUGCUCCUUAAAUGUUUUUUUUAAAAAAUUAUUUUGUUAUAUCUACACAAAAUGUUGACUCAAACGAUCUUGCCAAAUUAUUGUUUCACUUUCAAUUGAGAAAUGAAAUGUAGAUGUACCAGAAUUUAGAGUAGACGCCUGUUAUCUCCAGCUCCAAGGAGGAUUCCUCCGUUCGGUGUUUUGCACAUUUUAUUUAUGUCAUGUUUACACAAGUGUGCUACCAUCUGUGGCCUUGUCCAUUUUUCUCAUCUGUGUCAAAGACCAGUGGCUGAGCUGAGACACUCCUCUUCUUCCUCUCGAAAAGGUCUUGAUAUUUUGUUUGUGUUUGCUGUGAUUUUUUUUUUUUUUGCGUAUGUAGGCAUAAUUCACUCAUGUCCUCUUUGCAGGAAAAGAAUGUACCGAAUGGAAGUUGACCUAGGAACCAUUGUAUUUAUCCAUAACCACAUGGUUCCAAUCAGAAAAGUCAGUUUAUGUCAUUCAAAAAUGUCCGAACACCUGUCAAAUGUAUUAGUUAUGCUCGUAUUAGUUAUUAGGUAUGCUCAUAAUAGGAUGUGUACCAUUUCCUUGCCAAAGUUUGUGGUGUUUCAUUGCUUGUUUUGUAUUGGUAAAGACUCCGUCAAGCAUGUUUGUGUAUAAUCAAACUCCUUUAUUAUAUUGAACGGAGACUAAGGGAAUGUGUGUGUUUGCAUGUACAAUGAAAUGCUGUUACAGAAUGUAAAAAGUGUACAUCUACUCUCAAAUCAUGUCGACAAUGUUUGUCUUGUUUUCCAGCUGUUUUAUUCCACCCUUUAGCUCAACCUUUUCUUUCAGUCCAUUUCAUGGUUACGUUGUUGCUAUUUCCACAUCCUACACACAUGCACAUAUGCAUACACAUCCAUCAACCAAAGACACUUAUUUGAACUGUUUUAGUAAAGGGACUUUUCCUGUUUUUCUGAAACAUAGCCGUUUUGUACAUUUUAAAGGCAUUUUAUUUUUUAUAUACAGUUGUCAUUGUAAUAAACAUUUAUAACAAUC